AUGGUCAGUGAGUAUCAGCUGCGGCCCGCGUCCAGGAAUUUGCUGUGGUGUAAACGGGACAUGGGUCCAUGAGGCCCAGAGAUUACAACAGACGCACAGGCUGGAGCCACGGGAGCCACGGGAGCCACGGUAGGCAGAAAAGUAAGCAGUGAGGACAGAGUGAGUUCAGGGUCAAGAGCUGGGAUGGUGAGAGGCAGAGGAGGAGGAGGAGAAGGAGUCAGGAACUGGGCAACCAGGGUCAUUGGAGUUGCUGUGAGCUAACACGGGCCCUGCUGAUCUGAGAUGGGACCACCGGCUGGUCUCAGACAGACUGUGGUUGCUAGGUCCCCGGCCAGCUUCAUCUUCCCCUCCUUCCCAGCCCCACCCCUGGCACCUGACAUGAGCCCUUGCGGGCCCCUCAACCUGAGCCUGGUGGACGAGGUGACCACGUGUGCGGCGCCUGGGGCCCCCAACGCGUCGGCUGGGCCGCCGUCGGGCCUCUCAGGCGGGUCACCAGCGCUGCCCAUCUUCUCCAUGACGCUGGGCGCCUUGUCCAACGUGCUGGCACUGGCGCUGCUGGCUCAGGCUUCGGGCCGCCUACGGCGCCGCCGCUCGGCAGCCACCUUUCUGCUCUUCGUUGCCAGCCUGCUGGCCACCGACCUGGCCGGCCACGUGAUCCCGGGGGCGCUGGUGCUGCGCCUGUAUGCAGCGGGGCGUUCGCCGUCCGGAGGCGCCUGCCACUUCCUGGGCGGCUGCAUGGUCUUCUUCGGCCUGUGCCCGCUGCUGCUGGGCUGCGGCAUGGCCGUGGAGCGCUGCGUAGGGGUCACGCGGCCCCUGCUGCACGCUGCCCGUGUCUCGGUAGCCCGCGCGCGCCUUGCUCUGGCCGCACUAGCCGCCGUGGCCUUGGCUGUGGCGCUGCUGCCACUGGCGCGCGUGGGCCACUAUGAGCUGCAGUACCCUGGCACGUGGUGCUUCAUUGGCCUAGGCCCGGCAGGCGGCUGGCGCCAGGCCCUGCUCGCCGGCCUCUUCGCGGGCCUCGGCCUAGCUGCGCUUCUCGCAGCGCUCGUGUGCAACACUCUCAGCGGCCUGGCCCUGCUGCGCGCCCGCUGGCGCCGCCGCUCUCAACGGCGCCCCCCGACCUCCGGUCCCGACAGACGCCGGCGCUGGGGGGAGCGCGGACUCCGCUCAGCCUCCGCUUCGUCCGUCUCGUCCGUCGCUUCGGCUUCCGCCACCUUCAGAGGUGCUCCAGGCUGUGGCUCAACGCGAAGAGCCCGCGCCCAUGAUGUGGAGAUGGUGGGCCAGCUAGUGGGCAUCAUGGUGGUGUCGUGCAUAUGCUGGAGCCCGCUGCUGGUGUUGGUGCUGUUGGCCGUCGGGGGCUGGAGCUCCAGCUCCCUGCAGCGGCCGCUGUUUUUGGCCGUGCGCCUAGCCUCGUGGAACCAGAUCCUGGACCCCUGGGUGUACAUCCUGCUACGCCAGGCCGUGCUGCGCCAACUGCUUCGCCUCCUGCCCCCGAGGGCCUGUGCUAAGGGCAGCCCCGCUAGGCUGGGCCUAACCAGGAGCGCCUGGGAGGCCAGCUCGCUGCGCAGCUCUCGGCACAGUGGCCUCAGCCAUUUCUAGGUAC